AUGGAAACUUCUGCCGACCCGUUCAUGAUCUUCUCCACCGAAAAUAUCGAAAACGACAACGUCGAAGUGCCUGCUCCUACCCAGGAAACGACUGUGACUGACCAGCUUUCAUUGAAAAAAAUGGACACCUCUGUCGAUCCGUUCAUCAUUUUCUCCGCUGAAAACGUCAAAACCGAGAAAGUUUCAUCUUCUCAGGAAACGACUGUGACUGAACAGCUUCCAUCGAAAAAAAUGGACACCUCUGUCGACCCGUUCAUCAUUUUUUCCGCCGAAAACGUUGAUAAAGAGAAAGUGCCUGCUUCUCCUCAGGAAACGAUUGUGACUGACCAGCUUUCAUCCAAAAACAUCGAAACUUCUGUCGAUCCGUUCAUGAUUUUCUCCGCCGAAAAUGUUGAAAACAACAAACUUCCUGCAUCUCCUCAGGAAAAGACUGUUACUGAACAGCUUCCAGCGAAAAAAAUGGAAACCUCUGUCGAUCCAUUCAUCAUUGUCGACCCCGAGAACGUCGAAAAUGACAAGGUGUCUGCUUCUCCUCAGGAAAAGACUGUUUCUGACCAGGUUCCACCGAAAAAAAUGGAAACCUCUGUCGAUCCGUGCAUCAUUUUUGACGCUGAAAAAGACACAGUUCCCGCUUCUUCUGAGGAAUCGACUCUGACUGAGUCGAUCGUCUCUUCGUCCGAUCUUGAAUCUGAUUCAGACGUUGAAUUCGUGAAUGAGACCAUUUUCUUGGCGAGCGACGAAGAAGACGAGUUAGAUGAUGAUGACCGGUUCACCUUGGCGUGUAAACUGCACAUGGAACGAGCGUUGGCGAAGAUCCGAAUGUCUGAGAAGAUUAUUAAUAAUCUCGGGAACCGAAAGCGUGUUCCGCCUCCCCAAGAAGAGCUCCAAGCUGCCGCUCCAAAGCCAAAGAAGCCAAAGCCAGCUGACGGAGUCCAGCCUUUUGUGCAGAAGCUCUAUGAAAUUGUGAGCAGCGAAAGCGAGUACCCCUUCAUCUACUGGGGUGAGUAUGGGGAAUACUUUGUCAUCGAGCGCGAAGCUUUCGACGAGGGAUUUCUCCAACGGCCAAAGGCGGAGAAGGCGCCUAUUCAGACGAAAGAAUUUGCUAGUUUCAUCCGUCAAUUAAACCUCUACGGCUUCAGAAAACGCAAUGAAGAGGAGGGAAGUGACCCAAACAACGUCUCCUUCUAUCUUCAUCAAUACGGCUUCUUCCAGCGUGCUAAACCAGAACUGCUCAAAUGGAUUCUCCGAAACGGCUCAGCCAAGGCUAUUGAACUGGCUGAGGAAGUUAGGGAACAAAGGCGAAGGGUGGCAGAGGAGGAGAAGGCCCAGGCUCAGCAUAGCUUCCGCGGGCAGAAGCAACUGAACCAGCCUCCAAACCCAGCCGAUCGCAUGCCCACAAGACAAUUCGAACUUCAAGCUCCACCAGCCGCGGAAGAAUAUAUUCUUACUGAGUCCACCACUCACAAUCAAGAAUACUUCCACCAUGAUGGAAUGAACAAUCAGCAAUGGGUUCAGCCCCCAUCAUGGGAGAUUCAGCAGUACGAUCACCAGAACAUCCAGCCGCAGUUCCACCCGAUUACUCCCGGAAUGGGAAUGCAGUCUCAGGUCCCAAUCACGGACUUUCCCCUUCUCUCCGGUCAAAUGACAGUCGUCCAGCCAAUUUUGAACUCUCGAGGCGAACAGACGGCUUACUUCGAAGCUGUGAAACUAGAAGAAAGCAAUUCAAAUAAUGAGGUUCCAUCAACUUCUUCCACUGUUCCACAGUUUCAAAACUUUGAAACUCCAUCUACAAGUGCGCCGCAUUAUCAAGCCCCAACUACUGGCGCAUACUUUCAAGCUCCGUCUACGAGCGCACAUUUUGAAGCUCCGUCUUCGAGCGCGCAUUUUGAUGCUCCACCAGCUGCCUCCAGUUUUGCUGCUCCGCAGUUUCCCAAUUUCGAAGCACCAUCAACAAGUGCACAUUGGCAAGCUCCCUCUUCAAGCGCACAUUGGCAAGCUCCCUCUUCAAGUGCGCAUUGGCAAGCUCCGUCUACAAGUGCGCAUUUUCACGCCCCACCAGCUUCCUCAACUUCUACUGCUCCUCAGUUUCCUCUGAAGCAAGAAGUUAUCACCGAUCAGCAGUACGUAGACAUCAACGAAUGGCUCAAUACGCUGCCUGACAAGAACCCAGAGCCAGUCAAUAUCGGUGAAGAAACAGAAAACAACCCUCCGAAGAACAACGAUUUGUUCGAUUUCUAA